AUGAAUUCACUACUUGAUAAUUUAAGUAAACAACAUAAAAAUUUGAAGUUAUUCAAAUAAAUAAUUAAAAGAGAAAGUAAGGCUUUGAGACAGUUUCUUAAUGAAACAAUAUAAAUUUAAAGACAAUUUAAUUUUUUAUUAUUUGAUGGAAUUCAUUAUCAUUUAUCUAAAUUAUAAUCUGAUCUUUAAAAUCAAUAUGUAUUAUUGAAAUAGUUAGGAAAACAAUUUUAGGAAGUUAAAUAGGAUGUAUGACUAUAAAUAAUAUAAAAAGGCGCAAAUUUGUUUUAAAAAUAAAUUAAAUUUUAAUAAUAGAGAAAGUGAUUAGACUAAUGUUGAAACCGAUAUUGAAACAAAAAAGAGAUAAGAUUAUUAAGCGAUAUUAACAAAUGAUAUGAUAAAAAAGGAGAAAUAAAUGAUUAAGAAGACUAAUUAAAUUAUAUAGAUAUUUGAAUAAAAACACGAUUUUGUAAUUAACAGUUGUGCGACAUAGAGUAAUAGUGAUUGUGUGUUAAAUUCAUAGAAAAUGAGAUAUUAUAUGAAACCAAAAGCUUAAGCAGUGAUUAUAUCUAAUUAAACAGUUGAAUCAAUAACGAUUAGUAGUUAAGUUGAUGAAAGAGAAUCAUUUUAAGAAUAUGACUCUAGUUUUGAAAAAUAAUUAUAGAAAGAAAGACAACUUCAUUAGUUUUUGAAUAAUUAGUUAACGAAGAAGCAGUUUUGA